CCGACCUCCCCUUCUUCCUCACUCUCGAGCCGACUAAGCGUUCCCCGGCGUCUCGUCGUCACCGCUCCUCUGCACAUUUCGAUGUGAUGGAGACGGGGUACGACUUCAUUCUCGGCACUCCGKGGUCUCGUCGGUUCCGCAGCACCGAGGCCGAUUGGGCGACCAACACUCKCGUUCUCAAAACGAAGUGUGGACAGACGUAUCGCGUACCUUUCAUAGGUACCAAGGCGACACCACGCCCCGAUCCUCCUCCCCCGAAGCCUUCAGUGCCCUCACCAUCUCCCUCUAUCACUGUCACCUCGCCUCGGCAGUUCGCUCACUUCAUUCGACAGGACGAYGUCACCUUCUUUAUGGUGGACGUGACGGAUUUCUUACACUAUGAUUCACCCUGUCCCGACGCCGAGCUCAUCCCUCUGGAGCCAGGUCCUCCCUCUAUCUCCAUGGCUCCCAUCUCUACUUUCGUCUCUCCGCCGUCCGUCGAGUCCACCCCGCUGUUGCGCGCUGACGCUGACGCUGAGGAACUCGCACAAUAUACGGCUGACUUGGAGCCCGCAGUUCGUGACCUCAUCCGAGAGUACCACGACGUUUUCCCAUCGUCGUUCUCGUACGCCGGCAUCCCAUCGAUGCGUGACGUCGAGCACUCCAUUCAGCUCGUGCCUGCCUAUCUGGAUUUCUUAGGACACUACGUGUCUGACCAGGGUCUCCACAUGGACGACGCGAAGAUCACUGCUAUUGCGGAGUGGCCCGCUCCCACAUCCGCCAAGCAGCUUCGCAGCUUCCUAGGCCUGACUAGCUACUAUAGUAACUUCAUCCGGGGAUACGCUAGGUAUUCCUACGUCCUUACCUCCACCCUCCUCCGGAAGAACCCACCCUGCGCUUGGACACCCCUCCACGAGGACGCCUUCCGCGCCCUCAAAAAGGCGGUGACAUGCGCACCGGUUCUUCACCUACCCGAUUUUAACCGCCCUCUUAUCCUUACCACCGAUGGGUCAGACUUCGCUGUAGGAGCAGUGCUUUCUCAGGUCUUCCCCUCAUCUCCUGAUUCCUCUCAUCCUCGUAUCCCUCGCUUCCCACCACCUACCCCUACCACUGCUUCCCGACUGACGCAUACCCGUCCAGCUACUGACGAGCCUUCUAUUGACUAUUCUCCUACCAUCGUCGAGAACGGCACUGUCGAGUCUCGCUCAGGUGAUUGUCCGAUAGCCUUCUACUCUCGUCAGCUCCUGCCCGCCGAGAUAAACUACACUGCUGAUGAACGUGAGGUUCUCGCAGUAGUUUAUGCCGCUCGACACUGGCGUCACUACCUGCACGGGGCAUCAUUCACGGUGCGCACGGACAACUCUGUUAUCCAGGCUUUUCUGACAAAGCCGAAGCUCACUCCUCGACAGGCUCGCUGGUGGCACGACCUAUCCGAGUUUAGUUUCACCACUGAGCACAUCAAGGGUGAGACUGAUCGGGUCACCGAUGCCCUAUCUCGGCGCCCUGACCACGACCAGGAGCACAUCCAGCUCUCUUCCAUCUCGGACAAUACCGUCCACCACUCGGUGAUCGACGAGUUUCGCACUCAGUACCGCCACUGCCCCGACUAUCGCGACAUCCACGCGACCCUUCGGAGUGGCAAGACCGUCCCGAACUACUCUCUCGGGAACAACGGUCUUGUGUACUGGUACGGUUCACAGGGCACCAGAGAGCCCCGUAUUCGUGUUCCCUCCACUGGACAACUACGUGUCCGAGCAGUAGCAGAGUUCCAUGACCAGGCAGUUGCCAGUCAUAUGGUCUUCCACAAGACGUUGGCUCGUGUGAGCCGCCUGUACGUCUGGCCGAAGCGCAAGGACUUUGUGAAGGACUACGUCGCAGAGUGUCCCACCUGUCAGGAGGUGAACAGUGCGAACCACCUACCUUAUGGUUUGCUCUAGCCUCUUCCUAUCCCUGAGGGUCGUUGGCAGUCCAUCUCCAUGGACUUUAUCGGUCCUCUUCGAACUCCGACCCCCCGCGGUCAUGAUGCUAUCCUGGUCGUCGUCGACCGCUUCACGAAGUGUGCACGCUUUGUUCCGUGCCGCUAUGCCAUCAGUGCACGUGAGGUCGCCGACAUCGUAUUUGACCGAGUCGUGCGUGACCACGACUUACCUCUGAGCAUCAUGUCUGACCGUGACCCGCGCUUUACCAGCC